GUAGCUAGGCCAAAAUCAUCCAAAGUUAAAGCAGAGCUCCCCUGCAUGUGUUUUGUUUUUAUUUGUGUGUUUUGUUUGUAUGUAUAUGCGUAUCUGGCUUGGAAGUCUGUGUAUCUUCUGGGUACGUGUGUACGUGUGUAUGUGUGUGUGUGUGUGUGUGGUGCGGUAUUACAUAUAAUCUGAUCGGACCUGACACUGAUGAUGGUCACGUGGCAGCUUGCUGGACGUGAUGCUGCUGGCCAGAGGUGCACGCCCUGCCCUGACAGAACGAUCACCAAAGCAUAUUUUACCCCCUCCGAAACCAGGUUGAAGGGCCGUACUGAAGUGCGGCGGACGUGAGGGUCCCCAUGCUGCGUGUGGUUUUUUGCAUGAACCCAGCGCGGGGUAAAGCAAUGGUAAUGGUUAGGUAGAACAUUAGACAGAUAAGUAGAUUGCAGGAGCAGUUUUGUUUUGAUGCUUGCACGGCACGGCUGCAUCCUGUGCUCUGCACCUCGGCCGGGCAUUUUAUACCGGGAUGCAGUUCGUGUGGUAUCUAGGUACGUAGAUAUACGUAGGUACGUAGGCGGGCCAAAUGUCCGUUCACAACAAUGCUAAAUGAAUACCUAUGCCGCCACCACAACAAUUAGUUCCUCGCUGUUCGAUUUACGAUGCCCUUCGCCCCAAUGAUAGCGGUCAUUGACGGAUCCGCCCGCCCGCCGAGGCGGUUUAAUAACCACGGCAUGCGUGUUCGCUUCCUCCAGGGGGUAUUCCAGCUGGUCAUUUACUGGUAUGGUGUUCGCACAAGCGUGAGGACGACAAAAGAGCGAGAAGGCAACAGCGACAAGACGGACGAGCGACAAGAUGGACGCUGGUUGUUCGGACUUAGGCAGAGGGACGAUAUCAAAAGAGUGGCAUCGGGUUCAUUCUGUCCGCUGUGCGAUGCUGAUGGCGCGCACGGGACAACGGACUUGGGAGACCUGCAUGAGACGGGCAUACGCCAUGAUUCAGGACGCAGCACCGACGCGAUGAUAGCGACAGAGAUUUCAGGACGAAACGCCGUACACAUGCCGUACAACUGGGACUACUACAAUAUCGCUUUGCACAUCCCGUCCUUUCCAAACCCCUCCGCAACCUGA